GGGGCGUGACGUCACGCGGUGGGCGUUUCACACGUAUGGCGGAAGGGCAGGUGCGGCAACCUCAGCUGGCUCUGUAUCACAACAACCGUUAUCCGCGCGGAGGGAAGUCACCGAGGAUCCAGAGAGGCCUUUGGAUAGUUUUUCUGACUGAAUAAAACAGUAUCUAAUCUUUUCCAGACAAUCUGGAGGGCCGUCGACAUGACUCUGAAUCAGAAUCACUCGGAGUCCGGUGGUGUCAUCAUCAACAACAGUGAAAGUGUGCUGAUGAACCACGACAAUGUGGAGCUUGUUUUUUGUGACACGGAAAGGCUGCCCGAAGCCUUCAGAAAGAGCAAGAAGGGCAGCAUCUACCUGACUCCAUACAGGGUGAUCUUCCUGGCUAAAGGGCGGGAUGCGCUGCAGUCUUUUAUGAUGCCUUUCUACCUGAUGAAGGGCUGUGAGAUCAAACAGCCUGUCCUGGGAGCCAAUUACAUCAAGGGCACAGUCAAUGCAGAGCCUGGAGGCGGUUGGGAGGGCAGUGCUACUUUCAAGCUCAUCUUUGCUGCUGGAGGAGCCAUAGAGUUUGGCCAGUACAUGUUGCAGGUUGCAGCUCAGGCAUCCAGAGGUCAGCCUGUAACUGCUGGCUUUGGUGGAUGCCCCUACAUGGCUAAUGGGGCCUACGCUUACCCACCUGCUAAUGGAAUGUACCCAGCAGGACCUCCACCCGGCUACUCCUACCCUAACCCUCCUCCUCCAGAUGGAUUCUACGCCACUCCUCCAGCAUUUGAUGCCUCUGCAGCAUACAUACCUCCACCUCCUUAUUCUGCUCCUCUGGGUCAGCAGCCACCACAUGAUCCAGACCUCCCCUCCUCGGCAGCAGCGGAGGCCAAAGCCGCUGAAGCAGCAGCGAGUGCCAGCUGUGCCACACUGCCCCCUACACAUGUGUACCUGCCGCAGGACAAGCCUCCUCCCUACUCUCCUCCAGAAGACAAGAAGAACCAAUAGACCUGCUUAAUGUCUCCCUCAUUCCUCUUUGUCCUCUAUCUUCCAUCCUGCUGGAUCUCAUUAUUUCUCUUACAUUAACCGGACAGUAGGAGGGCCAGUAUGUUCUUUUCCCCCCCCAAGAUAAUCAAUUUUUUUCAUCCUAAUCUCCUUCCAGCUCAUCUCCAUUUUGAUCUAACCUUAAAGUCAUCCAAUUGCUUUCCCGCCUCAGCCUGCAUUCCUUGUAACGACUCAUAUAUUGUAAUCAGCUUCAUUCUCUUCAAAUGCACCUUUACGUGAUGUAAAGUAGCAAAGAAGAAGUGUUGGUAGCAAUUUCUGAGGAAGAACAGAUUGUUCAGGCCAAAGUGUUUGGAGUGGUUUUGAGGGCUUUUUGAUUAAAACCUUGUAACCUGAUGAGCUAUUUUAGUAUUUCUUGCCUUGGAAGCCUCCCCAGAAUCGUGCAGCAACCUUAACUUCAGCUGUGCUCAUGAUGUCCUGUGACUGUCUAUAAAACUAGACUCAGAUAAAUGAUAGUAAAUACUUUGCUAACCUGUCCAGAGGCGAAAUGAACGCAGUAUUUUAUUUUUCUAUUAUUUGUGUGUACAGGCUUUUAAUAUGUAGACUUAAAAAUAACAUUAUUUUAUCAAGAACACUAACCUAAAGAAGAACUAGCUUUUUUAACGAGCGGGUCGCAGGGUGGCCCUACCUGCUUUGACGCGUUUUGGCCGACGAGCGGACCACAAAGAUUAGAGCGGCGUUGAGCCACAGCAGCCAAUCCCUGAUCCUGGAUUAGAGCAGGGGAGAGGACGGCUGGGCUUUUGGAGGGACCGACUGCCAGGAGCGAUUAUCUUUAUAAUGUUGCAAGAGCAAAGCAGUCACCCAAUGAUGUCACUCCCUAUUUUAUUACGCUUCCAGACGUUAGAGAAGACGCACGGUCAGACUCACCAUCAGCCUGCUUUCAUCUUCACUGCAUUUUUAACAUUGUAUACACAAACAGAACCAUCAGUGAACUCUUCUGUUUCUGUGGUCGUGAUUAUUACUCUUCAGUUUGAGGUCCAAUCUGAGUAUCUCAUCUUCUAUUCUUCCUUCCUCUGCGGUCUCCAAUCUAUAUACUGUAUCUGUGGCACAUCUGCGGCUGAUUCUUUGCACUUUUAGAAUGCUAUGCAUCGGGUUCCUGUAUGCUCCGUCAUGGCUGUGUGGAAAAUACAAAUAAAGCUCUGUAUUUAAUUCAAA